AAUAAAAAAACACAACACAUGGAUGAAAGGAAAAGGUCAUUGAUAAACACCUUUGAACUCUGAAAGUUGCACAGACAGGCAACGCACUGGCAUUUCUUUUCUCUUUUUCCUUUUGCUUGAUCUUAUUAUUGCCUUCACUUCAAAUUCACAUCCACCUUGAUCAAACGACAUAUAUUAUUCCCAACUCUUUCAGCCUAUUAUUACUUCUCCUUCUCAGGCAUAUAUGCAACAUAAUCAAACGACAUGGAUCCAAUGACCACUCAGAUAUUAGGAGCCUCUUCCUCCUCUUCUUUCAACCAUUGUUGGACAUACCAUGUCUUUCUGAGUUUUAGAGGUGACGAUACGCGCUACAAUUUUACAGACCAUUUGUACAGCAAUUUGGUUCAGAAGGGAAUUAAAACGUUCGUAGAUGAGGAGGAGCUUAGACGAGGAGAAGAGAUAUCACCAGCCCUUCUUAAAGCAAUUGAAGAGUCGAGGAUUUGUACUAUCAUAUUUUCCCAAAACUAUGCAUGGUCAAGGUGGUGCUUGGAUGAGCUAGUUAAGAUCUUGCAAUGUAAAGAAUCAAAAGGGCAAAUGGUUUUUCCAAUUUUUUACAAAGUGGAUCCUUCGGAUGUGCGAAAUCAGAAAGGUAAUUUUGGUGAAGCACUUGCCAACCAUGAAGGUCAGUUCAAGAAUAACAUAGAGAACGUGGCCAAGUGGAGGAUAGCUCUUACAGAAGCAGCAAAUUUGUCAGGCUGGGCUUUUUGGGAAGGGUAUAUUUCUAACCACUAUAGCGGCUUACCAGCUUUUAUUAUAGGCUUGAGG